AUGACAUGGGACAAACUUCCUGGUUGGCUGAAUGUGGUGGCCUUUGGGCUUCUGUUUCUCCUCCGAGUGCAAGGUGAAGACUCAGCCAGCCCCAUUAGGACUACACACACAGGACUGGUGCAGGGAAGACUUGUCCACUUGAAUGACACCAGAGAGGCUGUCCAAACCUUCCUGGGAAUCCCCUUUGCCAAGCCACCUCUAGGAAAGCUGAGAUUUGCACCCCCUGAGGCUCCCGAACCAUGGAGUGGCGUGAGAGAUGGGACCUCCUACCCACCUAGGUGCUUACAAAAUUCUGAAACAGAGAAUGUAAAGAGUCUGGCAAUGAUGAAACUCAGCGUGACUCCCAUCUCUACAUCGGAGGACUGCCUGUAUCUCAACAUCUACACACCAGCUCAUGCCCAUGAUGGUACUAACCUGCCUACAGUGGCCAACUUAUCUGAUUGUGAGGCUGUGAACUCAGAGACCCUGGUGCACUGUCUGAGAAACAAGAGCGAAGAGGACAUUCUGACUAUUAACCAGGUCUUCAAGAUGAUCCCUGCUGUGGUGGACAGGGAGUUCUUACCCAGGCAUCCCCAAGAGUUGUUGGCUUCUGUGGAUUUUCACCCUGUCCCCUGCAUUAUUGGUGUUAACAAUGAUGAAUAUGGUUGGAUUCUACCAAAGACCAUAGGCACUGACCAAACAAUAAAGAACAUAACCAGAGAGACCUUGCAGGCUUUGCUGAAGAGCAUAGCAGCAAAGAUGAACUUGCCUCCUGAGUGUAGUGAUCUGCUAAUGGAAGAGUACAUGGGGGACACUGAAGACACCCAGACCCUCCAAAUACAGUUCAAUGAAAUGAUAGGGGACUUCUUCAUCAUUAUCCCUGCACUCCAAGUUGCAAACUUUCAGUAUUCCCAUGCACCUGUCUAUUUUUAUGAGUUCUGUCAUGACACCAACUUCUUCAAAGAAAUCAGACCACACCAUGUGAAAGCUGACCAUGGCGAUGAAGUUCCCUUUGUUUUUGGGUCUUCCUUCUGGGGCAUAAAAUCUGACUUCACUGAGGAGGAGGAACUGCUGAGUAGGAGGAUGAUGAAGUACUGGACUAACUUUGCACGACAUGGGAACCCCAACAGUGAGGGUCUACCCUACUGGCCUGUGUUUGAUGAGUACCUGCAGUUGGAUAUCCAGCCCACUUUGGGGCAAGCCCUGAAGGCCAGAAGGCUGAAGUUCUGGACCAAGUCUUUUCCAAAGAUGAUCCAAGAGCUAAAGAGGGCUCAGGGAAAUUAA